GUGUCAUUUCCAAAUAGUGUGAAGGCCCAAAAACAGUCUAGGAAAGGAAGGGAAAUGCGAGCAGCAGAGGAGAAAUAGUGGCAGAGCAGCGUGCAAUGCAUGGAAAGCUCCAAAUAUUUUUGUGUGUGACGGAGAGGAGGCACUCUGAUUGUUGGCGACACACAACCAGCGCCCAGAGUCACGCGCAUCAAGCGCUCUCCCCGCCGCCAGCACUGAUCAGCCUUUUGCUCAAUGCAGAUGAGUGCCCACAAGCAUGGAUCCAGCCCUAACCAUAUCCCCGGUAUUCUCCAUUCAUACCCGC